CCUGUCCUGGAGCGGGGCCAUGCCAUCUUCCCAGGCAUCCCCUUGCUGGCAUGCAGGAUGCGGCCACGUGCUCCCCGCACCCCCAGCACCACCAGCUUGGCAGGACCUGGCUUGGCAUGCCCAGACGAGGAUCUGGGUAGGCCCAGGUGGGUCUGAGCUGUGGCUGGGGCCUCAUCCUGCCGCAGGCAGGUGAGCGGUGCUAGAGCACACGUGGGCUCAGCCAGGCAGCCCGGCUGCCUGAUCUCAUGAUCUCAUCACAUCUCCCUGAUGGAGAGGUGCCUUCCCAGGGCCCGAGGUAGGUGCUGGGACCCCCGUCCCACCCCUGACACCCGCGGCACCACGCUGCUCCCCAGCACCGGUGCCACCCCUGGUGCCACCCCCGGUGCUGCGGGAGGGCUGCCGUCCCUUCCCCUUGCAGGCUCGGACGCCGCAGGCAGCUCGGUGGCACGGUGACAGCGUGGGACCCCUGAGAGAUGACUGGAGGAGAUGCCAAGGCAUGUGGGGACCAGGAGGAUGAAGCCCAGCCCCCGCGGGGGAGAGCUGCAGCAGGGACCUGGGAAUCACGCCUGUGUGGGGACUUUCCCAGGAACCAUUCGGGAAAGGGAUGGUGCAGCUUCUGGCUUCCUCCUGGUCCUACCAGCGCCUUCACCCAAGUGCGCAUCGCCAACACGAGUGCAAGGUGUCUUGUCUUGCACGUGAUGGAGAGCAGCAGCCCCAGAGAUGGAGAGGAGCUGUCCUGGGGAGCGGCAGGGCCGGAGCAGCGGGACCAUUCCCAGGAGGCAGCUGAUCCAUGCAGGGGCAGCCGUGCUGUGGACCCCAGGUCCACAUGCAGUGGGGUUUAUCCCCAGCACAGGGGUCACCUGCAAAGCCCCAUACGAGCUCAGGAGGCUGUGCCUCCAUCUCCUGCCCUCGCCUUGCUGCAGGAGCUCACUGUGGACCGCGGAUGGGGGCUGGCCAGGCUCCAUCGUGCCAGCACCGCAUACGAGCACACGUCUGCCCACGUGCGUGCAUCUGCUCGCCGGAUGCGACCCGCGGCCCCCGGCAGAUGCACAAGGAGCCAGGUCUGGCCUUGGCCCCUGUGGCCCUGCCAUAAGUGAUGGCUCUUAUCUCCCUGCUGACAAGCCAGCAUCCUUCAGCUGGCGUACUUAAGGCUGAGCGCCCCGCGGGCCGGCCAGAGGAGUGCUCACCACAGAGACGCCCGUCCGCAGCACCCACAGCUCCAUCCAGACCAGGGAGAUGCUGCCCGCAACGUUCAAGCUCUGCGCUGCCAUCUCCUACCGGCACCUGCGCAACAUGACCGGUCUGAGAAGACAAGCCACUGUUGCCAUCAGCCAGGAGCUGAGCAAGCUGGCCUGCCGCAGCGCAGGACCCGGCCUGUGGAUCAACCAGGUUCGCAGAAGCAGCACCUUGCUCAGCUCAAGGCUAGAGGAGAAGCCCUUCAGUGAGAUGGAAAUGUCUUACAUCAAGCAAGGAGAGGAAGCCCUCCAGAAAUCACUCAGCAUCCUCGAGGACCAGGACGGCUGGAAGACUGAGACGGUGGUGGGUAACGGAGACAAAGUGCUGAGCAAGGUGCUCCCAGAUGUGGGCAAGGUGUUCCGACUCGAGGUGGUGGUGGACCAGCCCCUGGACACGGUGUACAGUGAGCUGGUGGACAACAUGGAGCAGAUGGGGGACUGGAACCCCAGCGUCAAAGAAGUCAAGAUUCUCCAGAAGAUUGGAAAGGACACAGUGAUCACCCAUGAGAAGGCGGCUGCUACCCCCGGCAACAUUGUCGGACCACGGGACUUUGUGAGCGUCCGGUGCUCUAAGAGACGUGGCUCUACCUGUGUCCUGGCUGGCAUGGCCACCAAGUACGGAGCUAUGCCAGAGCAGGAAGGAUUUGUAAGAGCUGAGAACGGCCCCACGUGUAUGAUCCUCCGCCCGCUGCCCGGCCAUCCUUCCCAAACCAAGCUAACGUGGCUGCUCAGCCUCGACCUGAAGGGCUGGCUGCCAAAGACCAUCAUCAACCAGGUCCUGUCCCAGACGCAGGUCGACUUUGCCAACCACCUUCGGGAGCGCCUAGCCCAGACAGCGGCCGUGAGCUGCUGACCGCACCGGCUCGUGGUGCAGUGCUUGCUUCAGGGGCGAAGGAGUGACUCCGGUAAUUACUAGAGGGUAAUUACAGCCUGUGCUAAUUAAUCCAGGCCUUUAACAGUAGACACCACUAAUUUAAUACAUAGUUUCAAUAGAUAAAUAAAGCUUUGUUUAUUGAAACUACUUGGACUUCAAAUUUCUGGUCCAGCAUUUGCUCCAUUGAGCACAUGCUGGUCCAGUCAGGCCCCUGCGACCUCCCUAACUAAUUAGUUUCAAUGAAUAAACAAAGCUUUAAUUAGCGGUGUCCACUAUGAUAGGCCUUGGCCAAUUAGUGAAUAGAGAGGUCCCAGACCACUGCCUGGGAAGGCAGGAAGACCAGCACAGGACUGACUUCACCCCAGAUUUUACCGUCCUCCUUCACCCAGAACACAAACAGCACUUACCUAAAACUUUUAUUCCCUUCUCCUCCCCAUGCAGCAAGUCUAAUUUAUUUUUCCUGUACAGACACAUAAAAUGUCAAAUUAUUUAUUCAUUCAAAGCUCUGUAUUGAUGAUUAUUGGCAGGAGGCCCUGUCUAACUUGUCAGUGCAGCAAGCUGAAGGAUAUCUUCAGCUCAAGAGCUCUCUAAAGUGUAGCUACUUUGGGUUUGUCUCACUCAUAACAAGUUGCAAGACAAAAAAAAAAAAAAAAAAAAAAGAAAAAGAAAAAGAGUUAAAGCUUUUAUUUUUAAACUGGUUUCCAGUUUGCGGGGGGAAAAAAAAUACAGUUUGGACAAAAGCCCAAAUUUCAGUCUUACAUGCAGUAGUCUUGUUACAACACAAUCCUUCUGGCUGGAAGCUGUUGUUUACAAUUCACCGAACACAGCUUGGCAGAAGCGUCAGUGUUCCUUCUGCAAGUGUACACACAGCGGGUAGGGCCAGCUACAGCCUGCUCUCACUGAACAAGUGACUGUUACAACCCAGGUACAGCACAUGAGCAGUUACCUCAACACAAUGCUUGCUGCUUCAGCUAGCUACACUGGAAAAGUUACUGAAGACUCCAAGAAAUGCCCACAAAUUGCACAAUACAUACUAGAACUGCAUUCACUUAGACUCCAGCGUAGUGGUAGAGCGUGAGUCUUGAGCAGGUAACAAAUAUACACAGUGCCUGCUGUCCAGAGCUGCGUUGGCUUCAGCUUGUUUGCUCUGAGUGAUGCAUGUUCCUCUAUAAUAAAAACCAUUUGACUGGAUACCCACUGUGUUGCUUU